AUGUAUGCUUACAAGACGACGAAAAAUCAAACAACACAUACAUACAUUCAUUCUUCAAAGAGAACUCAGUCGAUAGAUAAACAGUUAGUGAUGUCGGAAGUGAACGACGCGUCGAUUAAGUUUUUCGGAAGCACAAUUCAAUCUAGUUACAUUCUCAGUCAAACUGAUGAACAACAACGGAGGUCUUACAAAGGCAUCAAGGCGUUUCGAUCAGAAGGUGAUGAGAUUGCACUUGGCAAGAAAGCUUUGGUCAAUUUGCGAGCGAACCCUGCAGCCAUGUCAAGAUCAGUUAACUUCCAUGAGACCUCGUAACGUUGAACAACAUCCAUAUUGAGAAGUUGAUUUUCAUACGAAUCAAUCAAGCAUAUGGGCAUCAAACUGUUAUCUAAAAAAUAGACUAAUAGAUUUUCAUUGAAGUUACUUAGAAAGAAUAGUCUUGAAAUGUAUCAAGAUCAAGUGUAAAUGCCUAAUGGUGAUGUGAGCUAG